GAACCCAUGAAGGAAGCUCCUUUCAUUGCUCAUCUACAUUCGUUCCCUUUCUUUAACCAAUUUUCUUCACCGUUCAUUUAUCCGAUUUCAUGGGAUACGUACACCCACUCUUCUGCUUUCUCUCUUUCCAAGAUUUUCCCCCAUUAAUCUAUCCAACUAUAUUUUCUUUUCCCAUUUUAAUCUUCAUAAAUUGAGUUUUAUUUUCUUAUUUUUGGGGAACAAAAUGAGGGUGGCCAAGUCUCAGCUAUGGCAACCAUGCAAGAAAAAGAGGUCUUCGAUUAACAGCAAGCUUUAAUAUAAACAGAGGGAAAAUUGAUAAAGAUGCCCAUUUUUUGAAAAGAAAAUUACGAGGAAAUUAAAAAAAAAAAAAGGGGGGGGAGAGAAAGUGAUGACGACUCGCACGAGCUCGAAUAGCAGGACACGUGUGGGGAAGUACGAGCUAGGGAGGACGUUGGGAGAAGGAACAUUCGCAAAGGUGAAAUUUGCGAGGAAUGUAGAGACUCAAGAAAAUGUAGCAAUCAAGAUUCUUGAUAAAGAAAAAGUUUUGAAGCACAAGAUGAUUAGUCAGAUUAAACGCGAAAUUUCAACCAUGAAACUCAUUAAACACCCAAAUGUCAUCCGUAUGUUUGAGGUGAUGGCUAGCAAAACAAAAAUUUAUAUUGUUCUAGAAUUCGUGACUGGUGGGGAACUUUUUGACAAUAUUGCUCGCAGGGGGAGAUUAAAGGAAGAUGACGCUAGAACGUAUUUUCAUCAGCUUAUUAAUGCUGUAGAUUAUUGCCAUAGCAGAGGUGUUUAUCAUAGAGACUUGAAGCCUGAGAAUUUGCUGCUAGAUGCUAAUGGAGUUCUUAAAGUUUCUGAUUUUGGUUUGAGUGCUUUACCUCAACAAGUUCGAGCGGACGGUUUACUUUACACAGCAUGUGGAACACCAAAUUAUGUUGCUCCAGAGGUGAUAAAAAGUAAGGGUUAUGAUGGAGCUAAAGCAGAUGUGUGGUCAUGUGGUGUUAUACUCUUUGUCUUAAUGGCUGGUUACUUGCCUUUUGAUGACACCAAUUUAGUGGCUUUAUAUAAUCUGAUAUUUAAGGCGAAUUUCAAUUGUCCUCCAUGGUUUUCAUCAAGUGCAAAGAAAUUAAUCAAAAGAAUUCUAGAUCCUAAUCCAUUGACUAGGAUAACAAUUGCUGAGAUUCUUGAGAAUGAGUGGUUUAAGAAAGGAUAUAAGCCACCUAAGUUUGAGGAAGCUGAUGUUACUCUUGUUGAUGUGGAUUCCAUUUUCAAUGAAUCAGGGGGAUCUCCAAACCUUGUCGUUGAACGACGAGAAGAAAGGCCUGCAGCACCUGCUAUGAUGAACGCAUUUCAACUUAUCUCGACGUCUCAGGGUCUUGACCUCAGUUGUCUGUUUGAGAAGCAAAUGGGACUAGUUAAACGGGAAACAAGAUUCACAUCAAAAAGUCCUGCAAAUGAGAUUGUCUCUAAAAUAGAGGAAGCUGCAUUGCCCUUGGGUUUUGAUGUGAAGAAAACUAACAAUAAGAUUAAGCUGUUAGGAGAAAAACCUGGACGAAAGGGUCAUUUGGCUGUUACAACAGAGAUUCUUCAGGUGGCUCCUUCAGUUUGCAUGGUUGAACUUCGAAAGUCUGGAGGAGAUACCCUGGAAUUUCACAAGUUUUAUAAUAAUCUCUCUGCCGGGUUAAAAGAUAUUGUAUGGAAAACAACAGAGGAAGGAAAACCGGAAGAAAAUAAGGGGAGGAAGGAAGGGAGCGAAGGCGCUGCAGCAAUGAGAGAAGAGGUCAUUAGCUCUGGUGGGACCAUAGAUCCCACUCCUGCUGCGAGUUCUGCUGGGGCAUCCUCACCUGCUGUUCCAACAAAUGUUGGCAGUGUGGAUUGGUCUGGUCAUGGUCAAAAUUCCAAAGCUGCUUCUCAAUCUUGUGUUGGAUCCCAAGCUCCACGGAUUUCAUUCAGUACUAGUGCUGGUGGAUCUGCCCUUGGAUCAUCUAGAACUUCAUGUCGACCAUGGGAAAGAGGGGAUCUUCUUAGGCGUUUGGCUACAUUUAAGCCUAUGAAUUGGUUUGGGAAACCUAAGGUUGCAAGUUCAUUGGCUUGUGCUCAAAGAGGUUGGGUAAAUAUAGAUGUUGAUAAAAUUGUAUGUGAAACAUGUGGGGCAUGCCUGCAUUUCGCAUCCUCCCCAUCGUGGGCUACUUCUGAAGUUGAGGAUGCUGGUGAGGCCUUUUCCAAGCAGCUGGAUAUCGGGCACAAAGUUUCUUGUCCUUGGAGAGGAAACAGCUGUCCAGAAAGCUUGGUCCAAUUCCCUCCAACGCCCCAGUCUGCCCUAAUUGCAGGGUACAAGGAUAGAUGUGAUGGACUUGUGCAGUUUCAGUCUCUUCCUAUAAUUGCUACAUCUGCAAUGGAGCAUAUGCGAGUUUCUCGGGGUCCACAGGUUGAUCGCCUUCUCUCUCUGUUGCAGAAUUAUGUGUCAGAGUUUGAAUCCAGAUCAGAGAGUGUACCAGAACUUGAUGUUACUCGAGAUGGUGCAUUUUGUCUGUACUCUCGUUCACAAAAGCUCAUAAGUUUGUGCGGAUGGGAACCGAGAUGGCUUCUAAAUGUUCAAGACUGUGAAGAACAUUCUGCUCAAUCAGCUAGAAAUGGAUGUUCUUUUGGCCCUAACAGAGCACAGGUUCAUCUUUCACAGGAUCCUGGACCAAGCAAAAAUGCUCUUGCUCCUUCAGCCAAGGACACUGGAAAAAAUAAAGUGUUAGUCAUGGAGUCACGAUCUGAAUUCAGGGUGCCUUUGUUAGACUGUAGCUUAUGUGGUGCUACUGUCAGGAUAUUGGAUUUUUUAAUUGUUCCUCGACCUGCUCGUGUUGCUCCCAACAACAUUGAUAUCCCUGACACAAGCAAGAAAAUGGGGUUGACACGUGGAUUAAGUGCAGCCAGUGGAAUUAGUGGUUGGGUUGCUGCUGAUGAUCCAGAGAAAGAACUGACUGAAGACCGUGAUGAAGUAGGAACGACUGAUGAGAGAAAAUUAGUGCCAAAAACAGAUGUUGAUUUGAAUCUUACAAUGGCUGGGGGUCUGUCUUUCUAUAAGUUGGGUAGAGCCACAUCAUCCAGAAAUAUGAAUGAUGCAGACAUGGGUCGGGAUCUAAUGAUUGGGCAACCAUCAGGUAGUGAGGUUGGUGAUCGAGCUGCUUCUUAUGAAUCACGGGGCCCUAGUCCUCGCAAGCGAAGCUUGGAAAUAGGUGCCAGUUCAGAUGAUAGGCCACAGUUAUGCACCCAACAGGCUGAUAGUGUUGAAGAAACUGUGAUUGAUCGUGAUGGUGACAAAUUCAAUGAUUGCAGACAAUAUUCUGCUGGCCCUUCCAAACGUGCCCGUGAUUCAGAUUUUUUUGAUACUUACUGCUCACCAUAUCCAAGAGAUUCCUCUGAGGCAGGCCCAAGCCAUUCGGUGGGUUUUGAAACUCAUGGAGAUGGUGGCAAUAGAGUUGCUCUGUUUAGGCAAGGAAGUAACCAGGUUAUUGAAAUCCCGUCAGUGAGAGAUUCAAUGCGUGCGUCCUCUGUCAUUGCUAUGGAUACUUUGUGUCACAGUGCAGGUGGUGACUCUAUGGAAAGUGUUGAGAAUUAUCGCGGAGAUGUUGACGAUAUUCAUUUUCCCUCAUCUAGUACAUAUGGCCACCUUGACAUGAAUGAAACAUCAGAGUUGAAUUAUAGUAAUCAAGCUCAGCAGAGUAUUUGUUUCCAACCAGCUGCAGAGGAAGUUCCAGGUGAAAUGGGCAUCAGCAGUACAAAUGACGGGGAGGAAAUAUUCAAUGCUGAACCUGAAACUGUGACAGCUCAAGCUAGGGAUGGGCUUAGUUUUGGAAUUAGUGGGGGGAGUGUUGGUAUGUGUGCCAGCCAUGAAGCUGAAAUUCAUGGAGCAGAUGUGUCUGUGCAUAGAACAGAUAGUGUAGUUGGUGAUGUGGAGCCCAGAAUAGAAGAUGUUGAAAAUCAGGGUCAAACUGGUGAAUCUGCUCCAGAUCCUGGGUUGAUGGAUGAGGUUGUCCCUGGUGAAAUAAAUAGGGAGGAUCCUCAUGGUGACAGCCAGGAAAUGUUGUCACGCUCCUUGGGGCGGGCUGACAGUGGUUCAAAAGUUGAUGGUUCUGUCAAAGCAGAGUCUGUUGAAAGUGGUGAAAAGAUAAGCCAAAGCUGCAAACUAGCCCCAGAUAACGGUGCUCAUCCUUCUCUCUCCUGCAAUGCUAAUAUGUACUCUGGUAAUGAAACACCCAAGAAAGAGGAAAAAGAUGCUGGAAAAUCAUCUUCCAUAAACAACUGUCCUGAGCCAGAGUCAGAUUUUGCUGUUGCAAAUGGAAUAGGCCCCCCAAAAGGAGAAAGCAAUUAUGAAGAAGCUGUAGAAUUUGAUCCGGUUAUUCAUCACAACCAAUUCUGCCCUUGGGUGAAUGGAACUGUUGCUGCUGCUGGCUGUAAUGGCUCCAGUGCUGAUGUUGUUGCACUCUGUGGAUGGCAGUUGACGUUGGAUGCCUUGGAUGCCCUGCGGUCACAGGGGCAUAUUCCUGUACAAACAGUACAGUCUGAGUCAGCAGCAUCGCUGUAUAGGGAUGAUCACCAAACUCCUGGUAAAAAGCUCCAUCGACGGCGUCCUAUGAACAAAAAUCACGGGCAAUAAUGAUGGCCAAACACGACGUGUAAAGACAUCUUCAAUGGCUAGAUGGAAUAAGCAUUCUCAACGGUUGAAGCAAAUUGGAAAAGCUUUUUCUGUCAUUGCCACUGGAACUGCUGCCACUAGCCCUGGGGAAGUUCCGUCAUUUCUUAAUGUCCCUUCUUGUUAAACUCUUAUUUCAUGGUAAAUUACUUUGUGUCAAUUCUUACUGCAUAGAGGAUCUAUUAUGCUUUAUUUAAGCUGGUUCUUCUCAGUAUUAUGAACAUUAUUAUUAUUCACUUGAUCAGUGAUGUGACAGUGAACAUUGCUGUUAAGAACAAAGCUUUUGUUUUUCUAUUCUUCUGGGUUUUGGUUUGUAAUAGAUAGUGAGAAUAUUGUAAACUUAGUUAGCUCAGCCUUAAUAAGAUUUUGAUCUCUACUUAAUGCUGA